UUGGGUGGUUACCAGGAAGUUUUGGCCUAAACCUUGAAUUCAACUAGUUUAAGGGUGGUGUCGGGGUUCAAUGCAGGACUCACAGGGAAUUUUUGAGUACGGAUUUUAAAACUUGAAUAGACCAGCUUAUUUCGAUCCUACUUGUUCCAGGGAUAGUCUUCUUCACAAUGAUGUUUUCUAUUUUUCGAUAUCUAUAUAGUAUUUUUAGUAUGUAAUAAACAAAUACACUUUAUUAUGAAUUGUAGUCUGUAACAGGGAUAACCUGUAUUUAAACUGUGUGUUUCAUCUUAAUAAACAGUAUAGUACCAUCUUUAUUCCUAACUUAUAGGGAGUGAACCUAGUAUAGUGAUAGCUAUCCAUAGACUCUAGAGAGUGAAAUCAGUAUAAGACAUAGACUGUGGUUAGAUAGGAAUUAGCUGUGUUUGAGUGUAGACUCUGAUAGUUUUAUAUCUUUGAUCUUGAAGAUUAGAGUUAGAGGCAAUUCCUGUUCUAGGAGUAAACUGAGUUUUGUUCACUACUGAAGUUUGUUAGAGUUGCCUAAGUUGAGAUAUUUUCUGGUUGGUUUUCCUUUGCAGCUCAUUUAUUGUCAAAGGGACUACUCCUGAGUUUAGAGGAGGGUCGAAUAUUUUAUGGUGGCAAGCGGUCGUGAUAGAGGGUAGUUGGAAGUAAAAAGAAAAUCCAAUACCAAACCCAAGGAGAGCUGAAAGGAACCAGAGAAGAUGGAAGAGGCAAAUGAGUUAAUUCAGAGGCAGAGGGAGGAGAUAGAACGACUUAAUCAGGAAUUAGUUGUGGCCCGUGGACAAGCAGCAACCCUGGCACCUGGACCAGCAGCAGCCCCGGCACCUGGACCAGAUGCAGUACCCCUCCCCGCUGAGGUAGAGGUAGAAGACUAUCGGACCCGAGAAGCUAUAUUACGAAGCGUUCCCAAGUUCCUGGAUAAUGGUACUCUCCUAUUUAGAGAUCACGAGGUAAUGGUGUAUAAGUUUUUGAUGUGUCGACACAACAUUGUCCGGACCGAUAAGUUUAAGAAGACCAUCUUGUUGGAGAGUCUAGCAGGCAAAGCUGUAAGUAGGAUCUGGGACAACCCACUCAUUCAGGAAUGUUAUCGGAGUGGUACGUUCGAUCAGUUUGCAGCCCUGAUCUGAGAGACCUUCUGUUCAGAUUCGGAAGCUAUGUUAGUGCAUUCAUGUUGGAUUACACGGACUGUGUGUAAAUCCAACCAAGAUUAGGAGAGUGGGUGUUAACAUAUUUCACGGCAAUAUGGAACAACCCAGCUCCGCCAAGAAGAUGUAUCUCGUCCAACCCAGGACAGUAACAAGGUUGCAAGGAUAUAAGUGCAAAAUCCGCGAGAGCAGAUUUCGCUACUACUGCGGGGCGUGGAGUCAUCUCAAGGUGGCCAAGGUCCCCACAAUACAACAUGAUGUGUUGGUAUCAUCGGAGUGGUGCAGAUUACUUAGUAACCACAGACAAUUCAAACCACCGGGUAGUAACCAGAUCUUUAAAAUCCUGAUUGAUCAGACCACCUUCGUUCAAGUAGCAGCUGUUGGAGAGCUCAAGGUAGCGGAUGACAAGGUCGGAUGCAAGGGGGAGACAAUGAAUACGGGCAACGGUUUAGUGGAAGAUUUGAUGUAGCUAGUGGAGUAUUCAAUCCUUGUGGAAUCGGAAGAGUUUGUGGCACAAGGACAGUUAGUAGAAAGUAAAAGUGACCACCUGGAACUUCCAUGCAAGUUAAAUGCAGGAGGUUGCGAGACGGGGGACGGGACAUUUAUCUACAACUACACCCCAACCUGCUCGUUUGAGAAGAUACAAGUAUUCACUGGAACACGAGUGAUGGGUUCUUACCUAGUAGAUGAGAAGAAAGCUAUUUUACUUAAUAUUACAAGAGUGACAAUGGCACCACAGGAAUGUGGCAGUGUGAAGUUGUUGUCUACCAAGUGCCCCAAACUCUCCGCAGCAGAAUUAGCAGAUGUAGUUAGUUGGGGAACACUGCACCCUUCAGACUUGCACGUCGCCAUCCAGGAACGAGUACGAAAGGAUUACCUAGCCUAUCAAUUGGAGAAACAGAUGCAGUCAGUCCAGGAGAUGUUGAAGGUUACAGUCUGCCAGCAACAAGUGGCCGGUUCUGAAGAGAUACCACAACAGUUACCCAACAGGCAGUACGCCUACAGGAGAGGAGAUGUGUUGUUUGUACUAUCUUGUGUACAGAAAAGAGGAGUGAUUGCAGAACUGUCAAACUGUUAUGACAAAAUUCCAAUGGACCCAAGUGGGCAAGUAUGGGUAGAUCCCACCACCCGACUACGUACUCAGCAUGCUACGCAAUUACCCUGUUCCAACAAGUUCCCGAUGACCAUACAGGUGUCCAAUAAUACUUGCGUAGCAAUUACACCUGCAUUUGUACCAGUGGCAACGCCUGAGCAGUUAACAUUGGAACAGGAUAACUCUAUGGACCAUUUGGACAAGUCUGUGAGCCGACCCUACACUUAUGCCGAACAGAGGGAGUGGGAACAGAUUCUGGAGUAUCCUUCUUACCAUAAGGCUUUGCUGAAGUCCCUAACUAUAGGGAGUUGCGUGGAAACCAACUCUUGUGCAGUAGGAGUCAAUGACUCCAUAACCAGGUACGACUUGACCGGAUUGACGAAGAGCUAUGAAGAGAUGAAUAUCCUCUCACGAGUGGACAGAGCAAUAAGGGAAUACGGGACUAUCUCGCUCCCCUAGUACUGGUGAUUAUGGCAUGAGUAAGAAUGAUUGUUCACAUAUCUUUUAUGGUUCCAAAGGCGGAAACAUCCGCCCCUCUUUUACCGACUCCAACUCCAAGCGUUCCAGCUCCGAGUGUAUCUUUCCAGGCACCAUCAGGACGCAGAUUUCUUUUACUGGGGAUUUUCUUUUUACCCAGGGGAAGUUUUAUAUUUUGGGGUUGGGUGUCAAAAUAAAAACUUGAGGGGGAUGUAAGGAAUUGGGUGGUUACGUACCAGGAAGUUUUAGCCUAAACCUUGAAUUCAACUAGUUUAAGGGUGGAGUUGGGUUCAAUGCAGGACUCACAGGGAAUUUUUGAGUACGGAUUUUAAAACUUGAAUAGACCAGCUUAUUUCGAUCCUACUUGUUCCAGGGAUAGUCUUCUUCACAAUGAUGUUUUCUAUUUUUCGAUAUCUAUAUAGUAUUUUUAGUAUGUAAUAAACAAAUACACUUUAUUAUGAAUUGUAGUCUGUAACAGGGAUAACCUGUAUUUAAACUGUGUGUUUCAUCUUAAUAAACAGUAUAGUACCAUCU